CUUACACAAUAUCUAUAUCUCUCUCUCUCUCUGCUUUCUUGUUUAUCCCACUAAAUAAAUUUUAACAGCCAUGGCGGUUUCUAGUUCUUCCUUUAUAGCGAAUCAAUCUCUCUCUCCAUUCUUGAAAGCUCCAAGAUCAAACCUCUGUGGCAGAAAACAGUUCUGUUUACGAGCAUCUGCCGGUCACCCAGAUGAGAAAAGGAAAAUGACGAUAAAGAAAGAAAAAGAUGGCUGGAGAAUUGAUUUCUCAGGGGAGAAACCAGCGACGCCAUUGCUGGAUACAAUCAAUUACCCAGUUCACAUGAAGAACCUAUCCAAACAGGAUCUUGAACAACUAGCAGCAGAGCUUAGAGCAGAUAUUGUAUACAGUGUAUCAAAGACAGGAGGGCAUUUGAGUUCAAGCCUAGGAGUUGUCGAGCUAACUGUAGCUCUGCAUCAUGUGUUCAACUCUCCUGACGAUAAAAUCAUCUGGGAUGUUGGUCAUCAGACAUACCCACAUAAAAUUCUAACAGGAAGAAGAUCUAGGAUGCACACCAUGAGGAAAACUUCAGGGCUUGCAGGAUUUCCUAAAAGAGAUGAGAGCGUUUAUGAUGCCUUCGGCGCUGGACACAGUUCCACAAGCAUCUCUGCUGGUCUUGGAAUGGCAGUUGCAAGAGACCUGUUGGGUAAGAAAAACAACGUCAUUUCAGUAAUCGGAGAUGGAGCCAUGACAGCAGGACAAGCAUAUGAAGCCAUGAACAACGUAGGAUUCCUCGAUGCUAAUCUAAUUGUUAUAUUGAAUGACAACAAGCAAGUAUCUUUACCAACUGCUACUCUCGAUGGCCCUGCAACUCCAGUUGGAGCACUUAGCGGUGCUUUAACCAAGCUCCAGGCAAGCACCCAUUUCCGUAAACUUCGUGAAGCUGCAAAAAAGAGCAUCACAAAGCAAAUUGGUGGGCAAACGCAUCAAGUUGCAGCCAAGGUAGAUGAGUAUGCAAGAGGAUUGAUUAGUGCUUCUGGGUCAACUCUCUUUGAGGAGUUAGGGUUAUAUUAUAUCGGACCAGUUGAUGGGCACAACGUUGAAGAUCUAGUGACCAUAUUUAGAAAAGUAAAAGCAAUGCCUGCUCCAGGACCAGUUCUGAUUCACAUUGUUACAGAGAAGGGGAAAGGUUAUCCCCCAGCUGAGGCAGCAGCUGAUAAAAUGCAUGGUGUCGUCAAGUUUGAUGUUCCGACUGGGAAGCAAUUGAAGACAAAAUCUCCGACGCUCUCGUAUACACAGUACUUUGCUGAAGCUCUGAUCAGAGAAGCUGAGACAGACAACAAGAUUGUAGCCAUUCAUGCUGCAAUGGGUGGUGGGACUGGCCUCAAUUAUUUCCAGAAGAGGUUCCCAGAUCGCUGCUUCGAUGUCGGCAUUGCAGAACAGCAUGCUGUUACAUUUGCAGCUGGUUUAGCCACUGAAGGAAUCAAGCCAUUCUGUGCAAUCUACUCAUCGUUCCUGCAACGAGGUUAUGAUCAGGUGGUACAUGAUGUGGACCUUCAAAAAAUACCGGUCCGCUUUGCCAUGGAUCGAGCUGGUUUGGUCGGUGCAGAUGGACCAACCCAUUGUGGAGCAUUUGAUAUCACGUACAUGUCUUGCUUGCCCAACAUGGUGGUCAUGGCUCCAUCUGAUGAAGCUGAGCUGAUACACAUGGUUGCCACUGCUGCAGCCAUAGAUGACAGACCUAGCUGCUUCAGGUUCCCAAGAGGCAACGGAAUUGGAGCAGCUCUUCCUGCCAAUAUUAAAGGAACCCCACUUGAGAUUGGAAAAGGGAGAAUACUGAUGGAAGGCAACAGAGUUGCCAUUUUGGGAUAUGGUUCUAUAGUUCAACAAUGUGUAGAAGCAGCAAGCAUGCUCAGAACUCGAGGCAUCUCUGUGACGGUAGCUGAUGCGAGAUUUUGCAAACCUUUGGACACAGAAAUGAUCAGGCUAUUGGCUAAGCAGCAUGAGUUCCUAAUUACAGUAGAGGAAGGUUCCGUAGGAGGUUUCUCUUCCCAUGUAGCCCACUUCCUGUGUUUAAGUGGUAUUCUGGAUGGAAAGCUAAAGUUGAGAGCAAUGGUUCUUCCUGACAGAUACAUUGACCAUGGAUCACCUGAGGAUCAAAUUCAAGAAGCAGGGCUCUCCUCAAACCAUAUCACUGCCACAGUGUUAUCUCUAUUGGGGAAGCCAAAAGAAGCUCUUAUGUUCAAAUGAAGUGAGCAAGAAAAGGAUCAGAUUAUCAAAAGCCAUACAAAUCACUGCAAGAGAGGAACUCUUGUAAAAAGGCAACUCAGAAGUUCAUAAUUUGGGCAUAAUGUGGAAAUAUCUGGGAAUCCUCCAAUCCCAUGAUAAAAAAAUGAUUAAGUUGAGUUUGAGUGGCAAUAGGGACUCUGUAUAUGCACUUGUUGUAAUGUAAUAAACACCUAGACAGAAGUUUUGUUGGUUAUGAUUCAGUAUCCUACUCAAAUCUCUUCGAAUC